AUGGAGGAAGAACGAGACGCAAGGGAAGGGCUCGGUUGGUUGCAUACGCCGCGCUAGCACCGCCCCCCAGCGGGACGCUAUAAACAGCUUCGAGUGAAAGCUCGCCUGCUGUACUUGCUGUGAGCGUGCGUUUUCAGUGCUGGGUGCAGCUGCUUGUGCCUCAGAAUGCCAAACUGGGGAGGUGGCAACAAGUGCGGUGCUUGUGGCAGGACAGUGUAUCAUGCAGAAGAGGUUCAGUGUGAUGGGAGAAGCUUCCACAGAUGCUGCUUUCUCUGUAUGGUCUGCCGGAAAAACUUAGACAGCACAACAGUAGCCAUCCAUGAUGAAGAGGUAUACUGCAAGUCUUGUUAUGGAAAGAAGUAUGGCCCGAAGGGAUAUGGCUAUGGCCAAGGAGCGGGCACUCUUAAUAUGGACAGAGGAGAGAGGCUGGGCAUCAAGCAUGACAAUGCACCUUCUCAUCGACCUACAACAAAUCCAAAUACUUCAAAGUUUGCCCAGAAAUUUGGAGGAGCAGAGAAGUGUUCCAGAUGUGGCGAUUCUGUGUAUGCAGCUGAGAAAGUAAUAGGAGCUGGAAAGCCUUGGCACAAAAAUUGUUUUCGAUGUGCUAAGUGUGGGAAGAGCCUUGAAUCAACAACUCUGACUGAGAAGGAGGGUGAAAUCUAUUGCAAAGGCUGUUAUGCAAAGAAUUUUGGCCCCAAAGGAUUUGGCUAUGGCCAGGGAGCAGGUGCUCUUGUUCAUGCUCAAUGAAUCUCUAGUACUACAUCACUGAGAUGGUUCUGUAGUUAAGAGAUGCAACUCCAAAUGCUAUUAAUUACUGUGAAACUAAUACUAGUGUCUAGGGAUGCUUUCCACAUCAAAACAAUUUGCACAUCCCUACUAGUGUCCUAGGCUAUUGCUUGGUUUUAAAAUAUUGUAUAUUUUCAUGACUUUUUAAAAAGCUCACUUGGUAACACUAGAUGCACUGUCAACAGAUGUUAAUAAAGCUUCGUAUUUAGAAAA